AUGGUGUCUCUACUCUUUGUGGAGGUUUCCUGGCUGAGAAGGCGGUCUUUACCUGCGUGGUCUAGUGGUGUCAAUGAAGGUGUUAAGACAAGGGAGGAAGGGAUCUUAGUCGCUGAUGAAUGUGAAGCUUUGAUAUGGGCGAUGGAGUGCAUGAAGACCCUACAUAUCUCAAAGGUGGUGUUUGCAACAGACUGCUCACAGUUGGUGAAGAUGGUGUCUACUCCAACAGAAUGGCCGGCGUUCACUACUCACAUGGAGGAGUUUCUACGAUGUAAGGAAUGCUUCCCCACUUUCACUAUUCAGCAUAUUCCAAGGGCACAAAACACAAUGGCGGAUAAGCUAGCACGAGGUGUUAGGACUCAGCCUUCUGCUAUCGUAUAUGUUGACUCCGUUUCUCCGAAAUGGUUAUCGGCUCAGGAAUCUACUUAG